AUGCCGCCUAUUCGGACACAGGGUAAAAAACGAGGAGCAGCAGUGGCGCUUACAAGUCCGCUCAAAGCUCACGAGCCUGUUGAACCAAAAAGGACUGGAGUCCAGAGGACUAUUGAGUCUUAUUGGAUUCCAACAGAGCGCGCAACGGUUGCGGCCCAACGCGAUACCAUAUCGACGGUAGAGGCCCUAGCGCAAGCAACUAGAGGAGGAGCAGAUGAGGCCCAUAUAGGAUUUGAAGCCUCAGCAACAGACGGAACCAGAGCAUUAGAAGAAUUUGCGAAAAAUGAGGGGCGGAAAGAAGCGGACUUUCGAGACAAUCGGGAGUGGGAAACAUAUCAUCGAAAUUGGCUUGGAAAGAAGACAAAGAUGGUGGGAUUUGGCUCUGGAUUCAACCUGCAGGAUGAACAUAUCAACAAACUGAUCUCAGUUGGGCCUCAUAUAUGUCGUAAUCUGACGCACUUUACGUUCGAUUACCGUGAUGUGAGUUAUGGUGCUAAGAAUUCGGCUUCAGAUCUCACGGACGAGGCUGUGGUUCGUCUUGUCAAGUUAUGUCCCAAACUUCGCUGCAUGCAGCUUCAGGGAGCCUCAGGCCUCACGGACAUCACACUUGAAGCUAUAUUUAGGCAUUGUCCCGACAUCUCUUACGUAGAGCUCACUACUACACAUGGCGGGUGUGGAAAAAAGGGGCUGAAUGGAUCAGCCCUUCAGAUGUUGCGGGAGCAUCCUGAUUGGGGCACCAAGUUGAAAACACUCCGGUUUCCAGACCAAGGUUACGACGGGCGCAAUCCUCUCACGCGGGCAGUGCGUGCUCUCACCAAGGAAAGGGACAUGCUCUCAGUCGAGCUUGUCAGCGUCCUCGAGUACAAGAAAUGGGGAGAUUGGGAGCUCGAAGUUCGGCAUGACGUGUUUCGCAACGGAAGGAAACAGUCUAGGUUUUGA